UGUAAAUUAAAUUAUCAAUUCAAAUAAGAAUAAUUAAAAAAAAUUUUUGAAUUUUAAAAACGGAUUUUUUUUCUUCUUUUUUGAAAACGAACGGAGAGAAGAAAAUUUGUGGAAAAAGAAAUGUUGAAUAAAUCGACCACUAUUCUAACAACAUUAUCAUCAACGAUAAUAACAACAACAACCAAACAUCAUAAUCAUCAUCAUCAUAAUCAAACAACCGAUGAAUUACCUAAUAGAGAAAUUAAUGUUGCAAUCGUUACUGUUGGAUUAAUAUUAACCGUUUGUUUUGUUUUAAUGGCAAUUUUUUGUCUAUAUUGGACCGAUCAAUUUAAUCGUACAACAACAAAAAUGAAAACAUUAAAACCAUUUACAUUAAAAACAUUUGAUGAUUAUAAUCAACCUUAUGAUUAUCAUCGAUCAAAACAACAACAACAAUGUCUUGAAAUGCCAAUAUCAAAUGAAAAAUAUGAUGAUAAUAUGAUAGUUAUAGAAUAA